UCAGUCACUCUAUAGUACUAUUUAUUUCCAGUGCAGUGAGGGAGGGGCCGAACCAGGGGACGCGGCUAAGCUUUCGCUGGUUAUGUAUUGAAUGGGAUUACGAGUCCCAGAGAGCCACGCGUGCUGGAAAGACUCCAUAGCUGAGUUUGCUCGUUCAGAUCAUGAGAUCGCUUAGGAGCUUUACGUCGUGCGUGCUCGCCUUCGCAGAUUUGCGAUCUCAGCCAGCAGAAAGCUCAAAAAAUCGGAUACAAUAAACAAAGCUCUUUUCAGCCUAUGUAGAAUAAAGAUGAGCGAUAUAAGAUUCAAUCGAGUUCUCUAUCGUUCAAUAUUCAUCAGAGAAAUUGUACUUGCAUUUGGCACUAGAAUUGAAAACGGUUUCUAGACGCUACGAAUCGGAAGCGCCGGAAAAUACAUACAUAUAUUGCUGAAAGAUUCAAUUACUUAACAUUGUGGCUAAAUAGUAUUUCUCAGUGUCCACUUGUGCCAAGUAGAACAUGUACUAUUUAAUUGCAGCUGUUCUAAGCCCAUGUUUGCAGACUCAGAGAAGGGAUUUUAUGCUUUAAAUAGAAACGAACUUACAUAGCUACGGUAAAACCAAACUAGAGACUCUAGCACAACCAUUAGGUUGUUACCUGUGCAUCACAUUAAUGAUGUCCCUCGCCCAUGUUAAAUGCGCUCCAAAGAGAAGGAGCCUCACAAUGGACAAACAAAUCGUUUGACAUCUUGUGCCUCUUGAUUGGUUUAUUGUUCAUAGCUCACGGCACACCGUACAUCAAUCAGAGAUACAAGAUACGACCUCCAGAUUGAGGACAACUUUCAUUUACAUAAAAUGCAUUCUAUGCCGAAACUGAUAGAACAAAUUGCCGGUGUCAAAAAUAAUUCUCCCGUCUCCAAAUCUUUGUGAUUUAGAUGGUUUUCCUCUGCGUCUGUGGCUUUGUCUGUCUGCUUUUUUAUGAUUGUCCAAAUAUUUCUGACUGUUAAUUAUGGGCACGAGUUGGCGUGAUGUACAGCCUGGGUGGAUAGACCGGGGAUGUGUGGAAUUUAUAACAUACGAGAAAAAAUUUCAAAAUUUUAGAGGCCAUUAAAAGCGAAUUAAUCCGGGCCAGAAAUCGUACUGGAAACUGCCCCAAUUCUGACCCAAUAAUGCUUUCAAGUCACGCAAGCAGGAUCAUCAUGAAUGGAUCGAUCGAAAAACUAUUUUCGAUUCACUACGCCCGGAAAACUUCUCGCCUUUCCACCCGGCUGGAGAUCACACACAGUUCUUAUAGGGUACCCUUACCGCCUCGAAAACAAAGCUUCUCUCCGACCGCAAUUAGUACUAGUUUUACAGGCGCAACAUGUAGAAUGCCACAUGCAAGCGCCGAUUGAUCGAUCAAAGCCGCGAUAUACGCGGCUAAUCAAUCAUUUUUCCAUUUCCCAUUUUCAUUUUAAGACGGCUGCAGCUCCAAAGUGAGAACUCACGACCGCCUGCAGCUGUCCGUUCGGCAAAGGCUAUUAACCCCGUUUCUUACUCAGAAUGUUCCACUUGUUGCACACUUGUGGCCCUUGAGAAACAAGAACAAGUUGGCCCAGAAUAGGCAACGGUCAAAACAAAACCUGAGCUCUGCACGGGAAAAAAAUUGAUAUGAUAUUAUCAAAAUGAAUUUCGAUAUUCGGGAAAUUUGUGUUUUUCGUAACACCGAAAGCUUUCAGAUAUCUCCAAUAUAAUUUCACUUGAUCCUUAGCAUUUUUAUCCGUGUGGAGCCCCGCGAAGGCAAGGUCUUCUCUGCUAGCCCAGAAGAAUACCCGAAAAAGCACUUCCACUGCGAUGCUCUUUCCGAGACCCGGAGCAUGCAGGCCGCCACAACAAUGGGAAUCGGCUAAGAGUGUUUUGAUUAAUGCCAGUUUUGACAGCUGAUAGGACAUGAUGGUGGAGAUGGAAAAUAGCUGGCUCCAUUGAUGCUGAAGCCCAGCUGGCAGCUGUCUAACCAGACUCUCAAGGGCUUGACAAGUGAUCAGACUAUUGAGAAAGUCUGUUCCUCCUAGAGUAAAAGCGUGUUCCUUUCGACUAACGCCCACAAACACCUAGAAUGCUAAAAACUAUCUGACGCCAUAAUGCUUAAAGAUUUUGUAAAUAUUAUUAUAUUAUAUUAUGUUAGUAUGUUAUUAUAUUAUUAUGUACAUAGUACUUGAUUAUAUUUUGGGCCUACAUUAAGUGACCCACAACAUGCUCGGCUUACUUAGUGGCCCACUCAGAACGAGUUGUGCGAUUUUCGCCCAAAACGAAAGUUAGUUACACAAUCGGCGCAACCCGAUUCCAAGAGCCCAACAUCAACACUAUAAAGUGACGGAUUUGGAGUGGCUAGCUGACCAUUUCACAGUCACAUUUCGUACUAAAUGGAGGUGCCUUGGAUUAUUGUUUCUCUUUGGACUAGAGCUGUCUGGGGACAAAAUUAUUUGGCGGGCGAGCAUCGUCCACUUUGGAUCCUGGAGGAUGGGCUAGCCAAAAGGCACAGACAGAAUCGCCCAGAAGCCGACUAUGAAACCACCACUAGGAUUCCUGCUGCGCUGAUGGUCAGAAGGCAGGGAAGAGGUGGUGGUCAGGAGGAAUCCGGCUCCAUUACUUUUCUUGUUAGACAUGACGAUCGGGAUGCUCCUUCUGCGCCGCCCCCAAUACUGCCCUCCUUACCUAAGCGACGCUUUAUGAUGCCCCACCGUCUCCAGCUGCCCCAUCGGUACGUACAACCCGUUCAAAAAACCAGAAGCCAGCGGCGGGGAGAACGUCGCCAGCUGCCCGUUUUCGAUAAUGGGCCCGGGGAGAAUUCCCUGCAACUGGGUAUGGGCAACUACCCCGUUUUCGUGUACAAUGGAACCAGGGGAGAACUGAUUCUCAACACCAUGCUAAGCAGAAGGCGUUAUCCCAUGCAGGAACCAGUUCCAGGCCAAGUUCUCUAUCCACCAUCGACCCCCAUGUUUCGUCCAAAACCGAUUGUAGAGCGAUUCCGCUUCCCAGGACAACGGGAGAUCAAGAACCUGACUUUAAUUCCCUUUUAUGCGCAAGAGGCCAUCAGUGAUCCAACCCUAACUAGCACAUCCACUCAAGCACCCACCACCUCCACCACGCCCAUGCCAUCACCCUACGAGACACAGCUGCCCAGAAUCGAGGGAAUGCUAACGCUGGGAAAGCGAAAGAGAAAGAAGGCCAAGCAAUAUGAGGCCUUUCAUUCCCCUCAAGAUGUGAUGCAAUGGCAGACAGUCCUGCGACGAUCCACUGGUCACAACGACAAUCAUCGGCAUCACUCCAGUCAGGAAGUGGAGCCGGAGGAGCAGAAGGAGUUGGGAGAUCUAAGCGAUGGUGUGGAAGAGGAGCUCGAUGAACAAGACUGGCUAACAUCACAGGAAGCCGAACCAGAGGUGGAACUACCUCCCGAGCCAACAGAAACGUCUACCGCCAGCAGCAGUGAGCCCUUCCAGAUCGUCUACAUCGAUGAGAGUCUGGAACGACCAACCGUCGAAACUCUGAGUCCCACUACGCCGCCAACGCCAUUGCGACAUAGCUCUCGAUAUGCCCUCAAAAAUAAGUACUAUGCAUUUCCAGUAUAUACCCUAGGUAAACUGCUCCAGCCACAAACACAGAAUCCAUCCAAGAAUCUACUAGAGAAAAGCGAUCGCUCGGCAAGAAGCUCCUUGGAAAGAGAGCCUAGUACCUGGUUUAUACUGAAUUCACGCUACAAGGGACCAUACCAUCGAUCACAUGGAACAGACAAUCAGACCAAAUACUACACAUCCAAGUACAUAGAGAACGGCUUUAGACCUCGCAGAUAGUACAAAUAAUUAGAUGUUAAUAACUGAUAACUAUCAAGAAUAGUUUUUGGGGUGACAAAGAAGACACCCCAGAGAUUACAGAACACAGUGCUCCGAAAUGAUCAUUAACGCCUCUAUCCAUAAAUAAAGCCUUCAGAAAAAGCCAUGAGACAAUUUAGAUUGUAAUGCCUAGAUUGUUGCCUGGUGGAACCGUUUUACGACCGAUAAAGGGCAGUCAUUCAUGUUUGGGGUCAAAAGAGAUCCCGAGCUCUGAAAAGGCGGUCGUAAAUUGGAAAGUGAAUAAUAGGGACCACUUUAUUGAGCGACCUAUAGUUGCAUAACCCAACGUGCGAAUCGGACGGGUGAGCUAAAGCCAUUGCCUGACCCAAA